AUGGCGGACCGACUCCCUGCGCCGCCAUCGGCAGAAGUCCGGGAGCAACAGAAUACUAUGAAAGCAACCCGUUUCUCCUUACGAUGGCUGAAGAGAAGGUUAGCCAUCAUCAUGAUUUUCUCCGGGAGCACUGUCCUGCUGUUCUGGUACUUUGGCGCUUUUACCUAUGCCAGACCAUAUCAGCCUGGCACGCCACAACGACCAAGUCCUCCGAACCAUGAGACGCCAGAUGGAUCGCUUCUUGUCAGCUUACCGGAUUAUGGAUCGUUCCAGGGCACCCAGAUGCUCAUGAACUUGAAGAAGACUGAGACCUUCAGUCGGCCAGUGGAUGCAUGGAUGAAUGUUGAGUAUUCCACGCAACCAGUUGGUCAGGGGAGGUUCAUGCCGGUAACAUGGCCUGAACCUUUUGAUGGUGUCAAGGAUGCGACAUCUACUGGGCCGGCAUGUUUCCAGAACAUGUACAGCUCGCUCGGACAGUCUGAAGCUUGUCUUACCAUCAACGUGUACCGACCCUCAGGUAUUCCUAUGGACCAGAAACUGCCAUCCAUGGUCUACUUGCACGGAGGAUCAUUCGUAUCGGGCUCUCACCGCAGUUUCGACGGAGCGCUGUUUGUGGAGAAGAGCACAGAACCCCUCAUGGUUGUUACUGUUCAGUAUCGACUUGGUGCGCUGGGCAGCUUGCCAGGCAAGUUUAUGGAAGAAGAGGGCCUUCUGAACCUGGGUAUCCGCGACCAGAAAAUGGCUCUGGAAUUCUUGCAAAAGUAUAUCGGCGAUUUUGGAGGCGACAAAGACCAGAUCACCCUCGGUGGUCAAAGUGCUGGUGGUCAUUCGGUUGGCAUCCACCUGUUCCACGACUACAACGAGGAUGCCGGAAAGCCUUUGUUCAGCAAGGUUAUCAUGUCUUCUGGUUCGCCAACUGCGCGUGCCUUCCCAGGUGUUGACUACCCUAUCUACCAACGCCAAGUCUCAGACAUUAUGGAUUAUCUGAAUUGUCCUUUGUCACCCAGCUCUGCUGCCCUGGAGUGCCUCCGCGCCGCCGAAGCCGAUGACAUCCAGUUCAUGUCCUCUUCGCUGUAUAACGCCCACAACUACAACAUCACUUGGCCCUGGCAACCUGUCUCUCCUGGCCCCCUCCUUGAGAAGCGCGGUUCAACCUCCGGCGAAGACGGCACCUUUUUCAACAUUCCCAUGUUGAUUUCCUCCACAACCGACGAAGGUAAAGCCUUCGCGCCACAAGAUCUACGUACCAACACCGAUUAUCUCAACUUCUGGAAGACUCUCGUUCCAGGUCUAACAGCUGAAGAUCUUUCCGAUCUUGAGACCCUUUACCCUGAUGUAAAGCCAGAGGCUGGCACACUGGGCUACGUCUCGGACCAGUUCGAGCGAGUAUCGGAGGCCUACGGAGACUACUCUUAUAUAUGCCCAGUUCAAGACACGGCUUCCGUUCUUUCCUCAACCUCUGCCCCAGUCUACAAAGCGCGCUGGAACACACCAAAUUGGGCGGCCACAUACCUGGGCGUGCCGCACGCUAGCGAUUCCUCAUACUUUAACGGUCAAGCAAACACACAAUACCCAGUGAUCGCGGAUAUGUACAGCGCUUACUGGGCGAGUUUUAUUGUCAGUGGAGAUCCGAACACUUAUGCCUUGCCAGGCAGCGCAACCUGGGAGCAGUACGAGGGAACUGGAAGCAGGCAACUAGUGGUCAAUCCCCCGACUAUGGGUGGCGCGAUGAUGGAGGACGAGGGCACAGCUAUCAGGAUGGAGCAGUGUGCUUGGUGGAGAGAUCCCGAGAGGGCUGCGAGACUCAACAAGUGA